AUGGCAAGAGAUAAGAAGGGUCACAAUUCUAAACCAAGAAGUAUACAAAAGUCAAACAAAAUACAGAAAUCAUCAUCAAACUCAAGAUCAAACAAACCACAAAGAUCAAAAUCAAAAUCGAAUAAAAUAAAGUUAGAUAAAUUAAAUUCAAACAUAGAUGAAUUCAAUGAGAUUACAAAUAUACUACAUAAUUCUUCAGAUAACAACUCCUCGCUAAAUAAAGAAAAUUUAAAGUCAUUAAAAAAUAUAAAAGAAGACUACGAUAAAGCUGAAGAAGAUAAAAUUAAAAAUAAGAAAGCUAAUGAUGAGAUGAAUAAACAAUUAGAUAUACUAAAAGAAGUCGGUUUAUGA